GCACAUCGUCUGAUAGGAGGAGCUUUGGAAAUUCAAAUCAGAUCCUUUUUAUCAGCCUCCACCACUGUCCUUUCCCUUGUUCCCAUAUGCACCGCACUUGACAGCCUCAUGGGUUGGGCAGAUAAAGCUAUGGAAACACGUGACGGAGCUUGUCGGAGCGACGCUUCAUAAGUGUGAAGACACAGAGAAAAGGACUGGAGAGGCGAUGGAGCCAGCAGCAGCAGCAGCAGCAGCAGCAACCUGUAUCCACCAAACAGGAGCGCACUCCAAGAGCGACAAGACGCACACAGACGUCUGAUCAACUUUUGUUAGCAUUUGAAAAAGAAACUAAUCAUUAUGAUGAUAAUAGUGCUUUCACAUUUAAACACAUGCACGCUGGUUGUAUCUCCUUUCAUGUAAGAUCUGUGUUGGUUGGAUAAUGCGCUUCUGACUUGGAUUAACGCGCAGUGGUUAAGGGCGAUUCUGCGCACUUGGAAAAUGAUGUAAGGUUGUCCAGGCGUCUUAGACUGCAGUAUUUCCCUCAGACACAGCCAUGAAAUCUGUGCUGGAUGGUGUGGCGGACACCACCUUCCGGACUAUUACAUCUGGUUUACAGUAUCUGGGCUCCAAUGACGCUAACUAUGAAGACCCCCUCAAUGAUGUAGACUUCAAGGCGGGUUUCUCUCUGCAGAAGUCCUUAUCUGCUUUCCGCAGCAACUCCUUCCCGAACAAAGUACCUUCAGACGAGGAGCUCAUCCUCAAAGGCAUCCCCUUCUACCCCACAAAUGGCACAGACUUGUUUGGCAACAGGAGCACGUUCAGAGAUGAGACUAACAAUAUACAGUGUGGGGAGAACUUUAUGGACAUGGAGUGUUUCAUGAUCCUGACCCCCAGCCAGCAGCUGGCUGUGGCUGUGAUGUCUCUGACUCUGGGUACCUUCACGGUACUGGAGAACCUGGUGGUGCUCUGCGUCAUCUUCCAGUCCCGCACCCUCCGCUGCCGGCCGUCCUACCACUUCAUAGGCAGUCUGGCUGUGGCUGACCUGCUGGGAAGUGUCAUAUUUGUCUACAGCUUUCUGGACUUCCAUGUUUUCCACAGGAAGGACAGCCCCAAUGUUUUUCUCUUCAAGCUGGGCGGAGUCACGGCGUCGUUCACUGCAUCUGUGGGGAGCCUUUUCCUCACUGCUAUUGACCGCUACAUCUCCAUACACCGGCCUCUCGCCUAUAGGCGCAUCGUGACACGGACCAAGGCUGUCAUUGCCUUUUGUGUGAUGUGGACCAUCUCCAUCGUCAUUGCAGUGCUACCUCUGCUGGGCUGGAACUGUAAACGUCUCAAUUCUGUUUGCUCAGACAUAUUCCCUUUAAUAGAUGAGAACUACCUAUUGUUCUGGAUCGGUGUAACCAGCGUGCUGGUUCUUUUCAUCAUCUACGCCUACAUGUACAUCCUGUGGAAAGCACACCAUCACGCUGUGCGCAUGCUCAGCCGCACCUCCCAGAAGAGCCUUGUUGUUUACUCAGCAGACGGGACUAAAGUGCAGACCACACGCCCUGAGCAGACACGCAUGGACAUCCGUCUGGCCAAGACCCUAGUGCUCAUCCUGGCGGUGCUGGUCAUCUGCUGGGGCCCAGUGCUGGCCAUCAUGGUCUAUGACCUCUUCUGGAGGAUGGACAAUGACAUCAAGACAGUAUUUGCAUUCUGCAGCAUGCUCUGUCUGCUCAACUCCACUGUCAAUCCAAUCAUCUACGCCUUGAGGAGCAAGGACAUGCGGCAUGCCUUACUCACCUCCUGCCAUGCCUGCAGGGGCAGUGCCCAGCAGUUGGACAAUAGCCUCGAGUCAGACUGCCAGAACAGAAAUGCCAACAUUUCUGCCAACAGGGCUGCAGAGAGCUGCGUGAAGACCACUGUGAAAAUAGCCAAAGUAACAAUGUCUGUGUCAACUGAAACUUCAGCAGAGGCUGUCUAAUUGGCCGUGACGGGGUAAACUGUAAAUAUCAUCCUUCCCAAACAAUGCCAUUUAACACAACAAAGCAAAGGUUCGAUAUCCCAGAGAAAUAAAUCCUCGACUUACAUCCUCACAUAGUCGCGUUAGUGGCUGCAUUACUUUACGCUAGUCUGUGAGUAUAUGGUGUGCCAAAGUGCCAAACCGUAUUGCAAGUUCAUAGGAAGGACUCGCAAUUUGAAAGGAUUAUCAAAGACUAUCAUAAAUCUGCUGUUAACCAUAGACUUCAUUAUGUCCAGUUAUUUAAGGCAUAUUAUAUUUUUGUACUGUGAAUUCAGGUUUUGAAAAUGAUAUAUCUUCAUUUAUGGGAUAAGGGGCUACUGACAUUUUUAGUUUGAGGUGUUUUACUGUGUUGUUUAGACUUUAAAAUGUAUCUUGCAUCAUAAACAUAACAAAUCUUCUUGUCUUGACUGUCUACAGGAUUCAUGUACAUGUUGCAUAUAGACAUCUCUUUGAGGGAAUGAUAAAAAUAAAGUUCAAAUGACUGAUUGUUUAUUUCCAAAAUUAACAUUAAUUUUAGUAAUUUUAGUACUUCUUCUGACAACACUCAGUGAGUGGCAAACUGCGUGAAGACAUUUUGAGAAAUGACAGCUGAUUCAUGCUCAAGAUAAAAAAAAAUUAAAAUAACAUCUUUAUCCAAAUGAAAUGGAGGUAAAUGGAUUCACAGCUUUUAAGUGUUUCAAAUCUGAAAUGGCAUUUUCUGUGGCAGAGUGACGAUCGUCCCUGUUGUCCAUUUCUUUAACCGCUCGCUGUUAGACCUAUAGAGUAACGUGUCUUUGUUCAAAUGUGUAACAACUGUACAGUCUUUUCUUGCAAAAUAAAGUGUUCAAAUCGACUCCUUCAGCUUUACAGCCAACACGACAACAACCACAACAAGCUUUUGACCAAAGCUUGAACACAUCAAAACACAGUGUGCUGGUCACUACUGUAACAAACUGAAGAAGUUUCUGAGCUGCUUUCAUCAAAUGUACGAUUUUAUUGCCUUGUAUGUGUGUGAUACCUUGUGACUUGAUGAUAUAUUUCCAAUCCCGAGCCUUUUGAUCAUUGCAGUGACUUGUUUUAGUGCUACUGUUGCAGGGGGGG